AUGUUUUUAAAUUUGUAUCAGAAGUCGAGUACUACAUUACAAAUACUACUACAUUUGAAUAUCGUUUAUACACUAUUUUGGGAAGUAAUUGAAAUUAUUUGCUUUGUAUUUAAACGUUAUAACUUAAUUUAUCCAACAAAUGCAUUUGGUAUUGAAUUAUCAAUGACAUUCUUGUUAAUUUUAAACGAAUUUGUUCGACAAUUUUUCGGUAUUAAAGGCAAUCUUACACAACGUGUGUCAUUACUAAUUAUUUUUUUAAUAUUUAAUGCUUGUUGUGCAUUAGGCUUCGUUUUCUUUCUUAUUUGGCAAUCAUAUGUUCAACGUGUUGAAAUUAUUCUAUCAUCGAUCGCAUUAUUAUUUAUUCUAACUGAAACAAUAUUUACCAUUGUGACAAUCAUUCGACUAAAAAUAAUCACGAAAGAUUUAACUGUCCAACAAAAAAUUGAUAAAAUAAAAGAAGCGCGAGAUAAAUUUCAACAGACUAAGAACGACUAA